GCUUGACUAAAAAGAUGAAUGCCUAGAAUUGAGCAAUACAACAACCAGCAAUAAUAGCUCUCAUAGCUGUUGCAAUUUAAGUUUUAUAUACCAAACAUCUAACAUGAGAAAAGUCAAGUUAAAUGUAAAUAUUAACUCACGCCAUUGCUGUACAGUAUCUUUAUGAUUUUUAAAGAUUUAACUGUAGACAGGACUGUAAUGAGAGACAGGAGAGAAAGUCAUUUUGACUAAAGUGCAGUCCUCACUCAAGGUGAUGCACUGUUAGAUAACUAUAUGCCUGUGUGGGGGUGUGCUCUUUACCCAAUACUAUCACCGGUUCUUAUCUGAUAAAACAGAGGUAUAAAAGGGGUGUUUGUGCGCAGGGGGAGCCAUUCACUUGCCUGUGAGUUGUUUAUCAUCAUGAAUCCGUCUACAAGUUUGAAGGUGCGUCUGCCAGUGCUAGUGUUAGUGCUGCAGGUCGUCAUUCUAGUUCUUUAUUCUAUGUUUGUCACUUAUGAUGACAACGCCAACGCUAAACUGCAAAACAAUGAGACCAACCCGAUGGAGAACUCACUGUAUCGCGACUACCCCUACUUUGCCGACGUUCAGGUGAUGAUCUUCGUUGGCUUCGGCUGCCUGCUGGCCUUCUUCCGAUUCUACGGCUUCAGCGGGAUGGUCUUCAACUUUCUCACAGCUACAUUUGCGAUCCAGUGGGCGAUCCUAGUCCAAGGUUACUUCCAGUUUUACUAUGAUGGUAAAAUUCACCUGGGAGUGAUCAACCUGCUGAAUGCAGAGUUCGCCUGUGCCGUGGUGCUCAUCUCCUUUGGAGCCGUGAUUGGGAAGACCAGUCCUGUGCAGCUCCUAGUGAUGGCUUUGCUGGAGAUCCCUGUCUUUUCUGUGACAGAGUGGGCUGUGUUGAAAUACAUUAAGAUAAAUGAUGCAGGUGGUACCAUUCUUAUUCACCUGUUUGCCUGCUACUUUGGUUUAGGGGUGACAUUUGUUCUGUACCGGCCGAGCCUGAAUCAGGGACAUGCGAAAGAGAUCACUAGUUAUCAUUCUGACAUCCUGUGUGUGUUGGGAACCCUGUUCCUAUGGGUGUUCUGGCCUUCAUUCAACUCUGCUCUUACGUUUAAGGGUGACGAUCAACACAGAGCAAUCCUCCACACUUUUAUAGGUCUGAGCUCAUCCACUAUCACUGCUUUUGCCCUCUCAGCAGUGUUCAAUAAGAGAGGCAAGCUCACAAUGGCUGAUAUUCAGAAUGUGACUUUGGCGGGUGGUGUGACCGUCGGGGCUUCAGUGGACAUGAUGAUUUCCCCUGCAGCUGCAUACGGUCUGGGCAUCAUGGGCUGUACUGCCUGUUUCUUUGGCUAUAGGUACCUGACCCCCUUUUUAGCACGACGCUUGAGGAUCCAAGACCAGUGUGGCAUUCACAAUCUCCAUGGACUCACUGGCCUCAUAUCAUCAACAGCAGGAAUCUGUGCUAUCCUCCUAGCCACCGAGGAAACCUAUGGGCCCAGCAUGUACCAGAUCUUUGCCCAUCGUGCUCCACCUGAGGGAGAUCCAAAGCUCCUGGAGCUGCAGCAGCUGAUUCCCGGGUUGAAGCCGGGCUUGGGUCGUACCGCGCAGGAGCAAGCUCUCUACCAGCUGGCAGCUAUCUUCUGCACCAUCGGAGUGUCUGCUGUUGGUGGGGUUCUCACUGGUUUGGUCAUGAAGCUGCCCUUCAUGGCAUCCCCAUAUGACGAGGACUGCUUUGAUGAUGAACUUUUCUUCGACAUGCCCUCUGACUUUGACAGUGUAGAAGUGCUCAAGAACCCCAUAAGCUGUGAUGAAAAAGGACAAAUCACCUCUAUGAACAGCAAGGUCUGAGCCGCCACACCAAGGCAGGCAUUUUAAGCAUUUCACUGACAAUCAAUGUUGAUGUAAAUGUAUGUCAUCACCUGAGAAUUAUUGUCAUCACAACUAUUUCAAAAUGUAGAUAUUUUUCACCUUGGUGUCCAGCAGAGGUGAGAUUGAUUACUAUACCUGUUGAAGGGAUAAAAUAUAUUUGGAAUCUAAGAUGAAGGGUUCUUAAAAAUUAAUAUAAGCUGUUAAUACUAUUUAUAUGAAUUUUACAGUUGUUGUUUUGUAUG